AUGGCCAGUGUAUCAGAUAUUAGUGUCUCUGCUGCAAUCAAUCUCCUAUCUGCAUUGGCAUUCCUCAUGGCCUUUGCUUUUCUACGCCUGCAACCGUUUAAUGAUCGGGUUUACUUCCCAAAAUGGUAUCUGAAAGGAAUAAGGGCUAGCCCAAGAAGUUCAGGACCCCUCGUAAAAAAGUUUGUCAACUUGGAUGUUAGAAUGUAUCUGAAAUUCUGGACAUGGAUGCCUGCAGCAUUAAGAAUGCCUCAACCUGAGCUCAUAAACCAUGCCGGGCUUGACUCAGCAGUGUAUAUCCGAAUAUAUCUACUUGGAUUGAAAAUCUUUGUCCCGAUUGCUAUUCUUGCUUUUGCUGUCCUGAUCCCUGUAAACUUUACUGGGAGAACAUUGGAUCAUAUUAAGGAUUUAACAUUCAGUGAUGUGGAUAAGCUUUCAAUAUCAAAUGUUCCAGCCGGAUCAGAAAGGUUUUGGGCACACUUAAUAAUGGCUUACGCGUUCACAUUCUGGACGUGCUAUGCUCUUUACAAUGAAUAUAAAAUUGUGAUGGCAAUGAGGCUACAAUUUCUUGCUUCUGAAGAACGUCGUCCAGAUCAGUUUACUGUUCUAGUGAGAAAUGUGCCUCCGGAUCCUGAUGAAUCUGUUAGCGAGCAUGUUGAACAUUUCUUUUGUGUAAAUCAUCCCGAUCAUUAUCUUUCUCACCAGGUGGUAUACAAUGCAAAUAAACUUGCAAAAUUGGUUGACCAGAAGAAAAGUUAUCAAAAUUGGCACACUUACUACCAAACCAAGUACGAAAGAAACCCCAAAAAGAGGCCGACUACAAAGACAGGUUUUUGGGGACUCUGGGGAAAGACUGUUGAUGCUAUUGAUUACUACACGGCAGAAAUUGAGAAGUUGAGUGAAGAAGAAAUAGCUGAAAGAGAGAAAGUCAUAAGCGAUCCGAAGUCCAUUGUUCCUGCUGCUUUUGUUUCAUUCAAAUCUCGAUGGGGCGCUGCUGUUUGUGCUCAAACUCAACAGUCAAGUAAUCCUACAAUUUGGCUGACAGAAUGGGCUCCAGAACCGCGUGAUGUUUAUUGGGAUAAUCUUGCAAUACCUUUUGUUUCACUCGCUAUUCGGAGACUGUUAAUGGCAGUGGCACUAUUUUUCCUGACUUUCUUCUUUAUGAUCCCUAUUGCAUUUGUGCAAUCCCUGGCAAAUCUAGAGGGCAUUGAGAAAGUUCUUCCUUUCUUAAAGCCACUUAUAGAAGCAAAGGGUGUGAAGUCUGUAAUCCAAGGUUUUCUUCCAGGGAUUGCUCUCAAGAUUUUUCUGAUUGUCCUUCCAAUGAUUCUCAUGGCCAUGUCCAAAAUAGAAGGCUUCACUUCCCUUUCUUCUCUAGACAGAACUGCUGCUAGAAAGUACCAUAUCUUUGUGCUGGUUAAUGUGUUCUUUGGAAGUAUCGUUGCAGGAGCAGCAUUUGAGCAGCUCAAGAAGUUUCUGAAUCAGGCUCCCACAGAGAUACCAAAAACUAUUGGCGUGACUAUCCCCAUGAAAGCCACUUUCUUUAUCACUUACAUAAUGGUGGAUGGUUGGGCUGGUAUUGCAGCGGAGAUCCUAAGAUUGGUUCCACUAAUUAUGUUUCAUAUCAAGAAUACUUUCCUGGUGAAAACAGAACAGGACAGAGACCAGGCAAUGGAUCCUGGAUCAAUAACCUUUGCUGUCUCAGAGCCCAGAAUCCAGUUGUAUUUUUUGCUGGGACUUGUGUACUCAACAAUCACGCCGAUACUUCUCCCUUUCAUCAUCAUAUUCUUUGCUUUUGCAUACUUGGUUUUCCGCCAUCAGAUCAUCAAUGUGUACGACCAAAAGUACGAGAGUGGGGCAGCGUUUUGGCCAGACGUGCAUCUCCGUAUAAUUAUUGGUUUGAUAAUAUCUCAGCUUCUACUGAUGGGAUUAUUGAGCACCAAGGAUGCUGCCAAUUCAACACCGUUUUUGAUUGUUCUCCCAGUAUUGACAGUAUGGUUUCAUUACUUCUGCAAGGGAAGAUUUGAGUCGGCAUUCGUAAAAUUCCCAUUACAGGAUGCAAUGGUGAAAGAUACUUUGGAAAAAGCCACAGAGCCAAACCUCAACUUGAAGGCAUAUCUCCAGGAUGCAUAUGUACAUCCAGUUUUCAAAUGUGUUGAGCUCGACAGACCAAGAGCCGUUGAUGAUGAGGAAAAUAACCCGCUUGUUGCCACCAAGAGAACUUCCCAGAGGACUUCCCAGCGGGAUAGCCUCCCUGGUUCUGAUGGCAUCUCCGAAUCAAGAGUUUAA